AUGCUGCCAAGCACAAAAACGGCCAGAGAAAAUGACAGCAACUGCCUCAUCUGCCAGGACCCUCCAAAGGAUGUGGCUUCUGCUCUGCCCUGUCACCACCGGUUCUGCCUGGGCUGCAUCCUGCGGUGGACACAGACAAAUCCAUUGUGCCCACUCUGCAGGACACUGAUAGAGACUGUCAGGUUUUCUGAGCGGGGUGAACAGGACUAUCUGCUGUUUUCUGUCAUCUCUCCUGAAGAGUCAUCUGAGACCAGCAGUCACACAGAGGCAGCUCCCAUCCUCCUGGAUGAAAACAGCCCCCAUGGCCUUCUGGUGUCCCCUGCACCUUCUCCACAGGGAACACUGUCUGCAGCUGAGCAAGGGGCUGCAGGGCCAGAGCCUGUGGGUGGCCUCCUGCCUGAGGUGUGGGCAAGACUGUUCCAACAAAGACAGCACCUCCUGGAUGCUGUGCGGCCCUGGCUGUGGGAAAGGCUGGAGGCAAUAUUCCAGGACCAGUGGUGGCUAGUACAAGUUGCACAGAGCAGCAUCCUGCAUCAUCUCUGCCUCCAUGGUCUGAAUGUUCAGAACUUGGUUCAGUCACUGCAGAACUGUUUUGGGGAGCACACAGCACCAUUGAUCCAUGGCCUCAUCACUAUCAUUGUGGCCAAAUGCACAGGAUUAAAUGUGGAGGAGGAAGCAGGAACAUCAGGGGCUGCCCUCCAAGGGGGUCCCAGGCACUGCCUCCCUGUGCUCAUUCCCACAGAGGGGGACCAGCCCCAGGAGGAGCCAGAGCAGGCAGUGUUGGCAGGUCCAUCUGCCCAGGGCAGUAUCUGCAGCAAGGUCCUUCUGGAGAAAGAGCAUCAACAGAUUAUUUUGUCAGAGAUGCCGUGCCAGACUGAGGGAGAGCUGUUGCCAGCCCGAGAGCAGGAAGAGCAGCUUGGGCAGCAGGUGGAAGAGCCACUGGAGAAUGGCCAGGAAAGCCUGACUCAGCAGGUGACAGAGUGCAGGGCAGGAAGAGGGGCAUAA